UGUUUCCAGUCUAGCUUCUGUGGCAAUACCCGAAUGUACACAAAACUGUAACGGCUAAUAUUAUGUGUUAUUCAUGUGUUAUGUAAUUAUAUAUUUUUAUUUAAUUGUUAUAGUUUAACCCGGUGUUAUGGGCGCCUUAUUGUGGGGAUGAUAUGGUUUAGUAAAAGUUUAACUGAAUGAAAUUGUGUUUUUACACAACAAAACAGUGCCUCUCUGUCAUUGCAGGCAGUAUCAUGGAUCCAAAGAUCGCUUAGUUUCAAAAGGUACGGUACCUUUUAGUUGACCGGCACAUUAUAACGUCGUGUUCAGUCUGCAGGCGCAGCUCGGUAUUGAGUAUGUCAACAGCUGAAGGCGCAGACGCAGAGCUGCGUAUAUGCAGUCAGCCGCAGACGGCUGCAUUAGCUGCAUCAGGUGUUCCUGCAGGCUGGGUGAGAGAGAUGAGAGCAAGACAGAACGGCAGAACUGUAGCACCAGCCGGAAGAGUCGAUGUGUACAUGAGCAGUCCUGAGGGCAGAAGCCUCAGAUCCAAGACUCGUCUUCAGAAUAAUCUGCUCUCAGAAAAAGACAUCAACCUGCAAUUUAGUGACUUCAACUUCACAGCAUCCAGUAACCACAGCAGAGUGACUCGAGCUGAACAAAACAGCCAACAGAAAAAGAAAGGAAAACCCAAGAUUAUGGACAAUUCUCUUCUUAUUCAUGGGAUAACAAGACUUGAAGAAAUGGAUGGUCAGGAAGAGGUUGGCGAACGAAAUGACCUGGAAGCAAAGGAAGAUCAAAUCGGAGAUAAACAUAUAGUGACACUUGCUGUAAGACCACAGUCUACUUCAAAGUGUCAAGAACAAAGUCUGUUAGAGAAUACACUGGAAAUACCAACUGUAAGAGAAUUUAAAGAAGAAAAUGAGACGAGCUCAAACCAUGUGGAACAUAUGUCACCUUCUAGAAACACAGAAAGCAGGUUAAAGGUAUUGGCAGAGAAACGAACAACUAGCCCAUACUUUAGUGGAAGGAAGGAUGAUUUGAGUCCCCCAAAGCGUAAGGCCUUCAGGAAAUGGACCCCACCUCGCUCGCCUUACCAUCUUGUUCAAGAAACACUGUUUCAUGACCCCUGGAAGCUUCUAGUGGCCACAAUAUUUCUAAACAAAACCAGUGGGAAGAUGGCUAUUCCCACGCUGUGGCAGUUUUUUGAGCGGUACCCAAAUGCAGAAGUGACUCGAGUGAGUGACUGGAGACCGCUUGCUGACCUGCUGCAGCCUCUGGGGCUCAGUAACCUCCGAGCAAAGGCACUCGUACGCUUUUCCGAUGAAUAUCUGAAUACAUCUUGGCGGUAUCCUAUUGAGUUACACGGCAUUGGAAAAUAUGGCAACGACUCGUAUCGUAUCUUCUGUGUGGAGGAGUGGAGAGAGGUCACUCCAAAUGACCAUAAACUCAAGGACUAUCACACGUGGCUGUGGGAAAACCAGGAGAGAUUAGGAAUCUGAUUUCCAUGAUACCAAAAUGUACUUGAAUAAACCCAUCAUGGCAAGCAUGUGCAAAUCAGUGUGCUUAACCGGGGAACUGAUCAGAGACCUGUUGAAGGUCUGUACUCUGAUAAUGUUUUCAUUGUGAAGUUUUAAAUCAAUUCAAGUGAAACGUUUAUGCGAAAAUUGUGUAAAUAAAGGUCUUUUUUAUUGUUUGUA